CGCUCGCUGACGGGAGCGGUCCGUGCUGACGGGAGACGUGGCCAUGGGGCGCCUCGUAGGGCUUUCUCUCUUCGCAGCCGCUGCCGUCCUCCUUCUCCUGCUCCGCGGCGCCGUCGCAGCCUCCCUGCGGAGCGGCUCGGCGGAGCGUAACGACAGACCCAUUAUCGGGGUAUUGUCACAGGAAUGGCGCUUCGAAAAGUUCUACAAAUUUGGAAGUUCUUAUAUUGCAGCUUCGUACGUGAAGUUUUUGGAAUCCGCCGGUGCCCGAGUUGUGCCAAUAAGAUUAAAUCUUACAGAUGAAGUGUAUGAUAAAAUAUUCCACUCUAUUAAUGGGGUACUUUUUCCAGGAGGUGGUGUGGAUCUUAAGACUUCAGAAUAUUCCAGGGUUGCUAAGAUAUUUUACCACAAGGCAUUAGAGGCAAACGACAAAGGAGAUUAUUUCCCAGUAUGGGGAACAUGCCUUGGACACGAGGAGCUUACGUAUCUCACAAGCGGCAAAGUUUUACUUGUUAACACCAAGACACAAGGGUUUGCCCUCCCUCUGAACUUCACCUCAGGUGCAAAAAACAGUAGAUUAUUCAGGAACUUCCCUGGUGAUGUAUUACACGCGUUUGCUACUGAGCCAUUGACAUCAAACUUUCAUAAGUGGAGCCUCUCCAUGGAGAAUUUCACCAAGAACGAAAAGCUUCGUAAUUUCUAUAAUGUUCUGACCACUAACACGGAUGGUGAAGUGGAGUUUAUAUCUACCAUGGAAGCGUAUCAAUACCCAAUUUAUGGUGUCCAGUGGCACCCAGAGAAAAACCUUUUUGAGUGGAAGAAUUCACCUGGCAUUCCCCAUUCUCCAUCAGCUGUAAAAGCAGCCUAUUAUAUAGCUGACUUCUUCGUUAAUGAAGCCCGGAAGAGCCUACACCAUUUCCCCAGUGAAGAUGAGGAAACAAAAGAAUUGAUUUAUAAUUAUACUCCAAUUUAUACAGGAACAUUUUCUCCGUUUGAGCAAAUCUAUUUUUUUGAUUGAGCGUUGUGUCAAAGGUGCGGUGUUGCUAUUUAUAAGUGGAAUUACUUGCCAGCAUUCCAGAAUUUAAUCUGCACGUGACAGAAAGCCAGAACAGUUCUCUUCCUUUACAAUGAUUUAUCCUGUGUUUCUUCUGUGCUGUUGGACCAUUAAUAUAAAAAUUUACAUUCUGUAACAUAAUAAUUGUUGUGUAUCACAUUUUAAGGCAAGCUACAGGAAAAAAAAGCAUUUUUCUUCCAGGGAAGAGGUCUUGAUUGUGCUUAUAAACUGGGAAAUAAUCAGGUUAUUACAGGAAAAACACUGUAUUCAUGUAUUUUAAAAUGUAAGAGUUAUCUUUGUAAAAUGUUGUGGACUAUGAUAGCACUAGAGGCUUCAGUACAUUCCUUAUAAAAUCUUACCCUUUCCAAAUGAUUUAACAAAUGAGAUUUCUGAUCUUGGGUUUGUUGUAAAUAUGUGCAUGUACUUGACAGUUCUUGACAGGGACUAUUUGGUCAUUUGGAAAAAAACAACAUCAUAAGGAGGUAUGAUAGCAAAGAGACAUUUUUGCCUAAAAAGCACAUUUAUAUCCCAUUUGUGACGCUGUUUCUCUUAUACGUUCAAUGUUGUUUGGGAGUGCUUAUGCCUUGUGAUGUCUACAUAAAUACAAGGAUGCAGUGUAAAACUCUGCAUUGCAAAUAUCAGGUGAAGUAAGUAAGUUUGGAGGGCACAGUUUAGUGCUGAUUCCACUUUCUGUUUUUUUCAAAUUCAACUUUAUAUGUCCUCCAGGAUUUUGUCUAAGAGUAGCUGGAGUCAGCAGACAGAUAGGAGAUGCAGACAGCCAUUUUUUUUCUAUUUAAAAGAAUGUAAAACUUAAUGUUUCCUUUCCAUCAUCUGGCUUUUUCUGUAGCUACUGAUAGAAUUCUCCCUUUGAGUCCAGAGGUAGUUUGGCAUUACCUUAGUGAAGAGAGUAGUUUCUUUCUGUCUUGUUGGAUAUUUUAAUGGUGCUAGAAAUCAAACAGCAGAUGAAUGUAUAUGAGAAACCUAUUGAUGUUGACAUAACGUGGUAACAGCAGUUGCAGUCUAUACACUGUGAUGCCUUUUUUCUUUUUUUUGGGUCUUUUCUUUGCUGCACACUUGGUGAAAAUUUUGCUCAGUGGUUUUGUGUGAUGUCCAAAAAAGGAACCGAGAUGAGACAAUCAAAUACAACUCUCCUCUAUUGCACAGCUUCCAAACUCUCUGAACAUCAGUGGGGAUUUGAAGCUUAGGAAGAAUUCAGCCUUGUACCUCAGCUCUGUUUUGUAGUACCUUAUAUGCUCAAGUACCACAUCUGAAUAAAGCUGGUACAUUUCUCAGGUUUUUCAAGGAAAGGACUCUUUAUAACUUGUUCUUUAUCGUGAAACAACUGCCUAAGAGAAUGUGAAAUGCAUUAGUUAGAAAACUAUAAAGCAACAUUAACUGUGACUACCAGAAAGACACUACCAGGUAAUUACAAACGUCAACACGUGAUAUUUCAGAUUAUUUCUACAUUUAUCAGACCAGCUAAAUUCAGUAAAUGGAACUCUUUUUUUAAUAUAGGGGACUUUAUUAUAUUAACUCUAUUAGCUGAGUGGAGCCAAGAGUAAAAAGAGGAUUAUGCUCUGCAGUUGCACGUAAGUGUAGUAGCUGAGAUGGUUACAAACCAAGUCCAGUCUUCUACUUAGUCAAGCUGAGCUCUUCAGAAGAGCCCCAAGAACUUGCCUAAGUAAAGGAGGGCAGGAUUUAGCUUUAAAAACAGGGAUCAAUCUUGCAACUGAAAUGUCUGCUAAUUGCGAAUGGCAGUAAUUAGUUCCUAAGUGUGCAACUGUAAGGAAUAUUGUGUGUAAUAUGGUGAGGGAGCAGUGAUUGUAUUACAAUUUGUAUGUGUCUUUUCCUUUAUAUUCUUUAUCUUGUAAAGCCUUGUUUGAUGGCACUAAUGAUUUUUCUAUGAGACAUGAAAUAAAUCUUUAUUCAAGCA